AUGAAGACCUCGAAUAGUACUCCGAAUCAUCGCAGAAGAAAACAAAAACCUCGUAGCUCCAAGGCUGCCAAGGUCGCCACUGCUGUCACUGCCGGUGGCUCCCUUUUGAUUCUCUCUGCGUUGAUCCUCGCCGGCACCGUCAUCGGCUUGACCAUUGUCACUCCGUUGUUCGUGCUAUUCAGUCCGGUGCUUGUUCCUGCUUUGAUUGCGUUGAUGCUCCUCGGCUUGGGCUUCACUGCCUCCGGUGGGUUCGGUGUGGCGGCUGUCACUGCGAUAACUUGGAUCUACAGGUACGUUACCGGCCAGCAUCCCGCCGGCAGUGACCAGCUCCAAACUGCGCGUCACAAGCUCACGAAUAAAGCCCGUGACAUCAAGGACUACGCCCAGCAGAAUGUCACUGGAGGACAGGGGUCGUAA